UGUGGCUAUUGAGGCAUGCUUGACGCAAACCAUAAACUCUGCAUAUUCAUUCUCAAGAACCCACCUGAGAAUAGUGACAGUGUUACAGGAAAAAAAGAAAAAGAAAAGAAAAAUAGAAAGGGCAAAGACAAAGAAAAUGGUUCUGUGUCCAGCAAUGAGACAACACCACCACCAUUACCACUCAAUGAACUUAACCCUCCACAUGCUGUGGAAGAUGAUGAGGAUGAAGAUUGGGGAGAGGACACAACUGAAGAAGCUCAAAGGCGCAUAUUGGAUGAAAUUAGUGAUCAUGCAAAACUUCUGACACUUAGUGAUGACUUAGAAAGGACAGUUGAAGAGAGACUCAAUAUUUUAUUUGACUUUGUGAAGAAAAAGAAAGAAGAAGGUAGUAUCGAUACCUCUGACAAAGAAGUUGUCGCAGAAGCAGAAAGACUGGAUGUAAAAGCUAUGGGCCCUCUUGUUUUGACUGAGGUUCUUUUUAAUGAGAAGAUUAGAGAACAAAUUAAGAAGUAUAGACAUCAUUUUCUACAAUUCUGCCACAACAACAAAAAAGCUCAGAGAUACCUUCUUCAUGGUUUAGAAUGUGUGGUAGCUAUGCAUCAAGCUCAGCUCAUCUCCAAAAUUCCACAUAUCUUGAAGGAAAUGUAUGAUGCAGACCUUGUGGAAGAAGAGGUCAUCAUUAGCUGGUCAGAAAAGGCCUCUAAGAAAUAUGUCUCAAAGGAACUUGCCAAAGAGAUUCGUGUCAAAGCGGAGCCCUUUAUAAAAUGGCUAAAGGAAGCAGAAGAAGAAUCUUCUGGUGGAGAAGAGGAAGAUGAAGAUGAAAAUAUUGAGGUAGUAUAUUCUAAGACUGCCAGCAUUCCUGAAGUUGAAACUGUGAAGUCUGCUGAUAACAAGGAUGAUGACAUUGAUAUCAAUGCCAUUUAA